AUGGAGCGCUUUAGGAGUUUGCUUGGUGGUGGCAUGAACUUGGGUGGCUCGGCUCCGGGGACAGACAACACCAACCUCAUCGACAAUUCCGAAACAGUCCACAUCUCGUCUCUCGCUCUGCUCAAGAUGCUGCGCCAUGGCCGUGCCGGUGUACCAAUGGAAGUCAUGGGUCUGAUGUUGGGCGAGUUUGUGGACGACUUCACGGUCCGCGUAGUGGAUGUGUUUGCCAUGCCGCAGAGUGGUACGGGUGUCAGCGUGGAGGCUGUCGACCCGGUCUUCCAGAUGAAGAUGAUGGAUAUGCUACGGCAAACCGGCAGACCCGAAUCUGUCGUCGGCUGGUAUCACUCCCAUCCCGGUUUUGGCUGCUGGCUCUCGUCGGUUGAUAUCAACACCCAACAGAGUUUUGAGCAGCUCACGCCACGAGCCGUCGCCGUCGUUGUCGAUCCCAUUCAGUCCGUGAAGGGCAAAGUCGUUAUCGAUGCAUUUCGCCUAAUCAACCCACAGAGUCUGAUGAUGGGCCAGGAACCCCGCCAGACUACCUCCAACUUGGGCCACUUGAACAAACCAUCGAUUCAGGCUCUUAUUCAUGGCCUUAACCGACACUACUAUUCCAUCGGCAUUAACUACCGGAAAACGGCACUGGAGGAGAAUAUGUUGAUGAAUUUGCAUAAACACCCGUGGACGGACGCAUUGCAGAUGGAGGACUUCCGCACGGAGGGCCAGCGGACCAAGGAACGACUUGAUCGCCUCGUCAGCCUUGCCGAGGGUUACGAGAAGCGGGUCAAAGAGGAAACGGAGUUGUCGAAGGAUCAAUUAAAGACUCGUUACGUCGGCAAGCUAGACCCGAAGAAGCAUUUAGAGGAUGUCGGACAACAGUUGAUUGAAGACAACAUCGUCGCCGUGUCAAGGCAGAUGAUUGACAAGGAGGCCACGAUGGCUAAGAAAGACGCAUCGGCGGAUGGGAAGGCGAAUGGCGACGAGAUGGAGGUGGAAGAGGAUCUCUAG